AUGAUGGCAGCACGCGCCGAUUAUCACGAAGGUGUCUCAUGCGACGGGUGCAGUCAAACCGCUUUCAAAGGCAUGCGCUACAAAUGUCUGCGCUGCAACGACUACGAUUUGUGUCAUAUGUGCUUUCGCGACAAAAAUUUCGGCGAGCAGAACGCCACAGAAGUUUCGGCUCACGAUGACACACAUCCAAUGCAAAUGAUUAUGACGCCGCUGGAUUUUGUUACGUGUUAUGAGGGUGAUCCGAGUAGAAAUUAUGAUACUUGUAAAAUCGUCAGCUUUACUUGCCCAUAUUGUCAUAUGAAUGGUUUUAAUCAACGGGGAUUUGGUGCACAUGUUACUACAGUACAUCACGAUCCACCAUCUUAUAAUGUUGUGAGUCAUUUUCACUUUUGAAAAUAGAUUUCGCAAUGAAUUUCAGAUUUGUCCGGUUUGCAUUAGUAACCCUGAAACGGAACACAGUUCAACUCGAGAUACCGAAAAUCUCCGCGCACAUUGGAACGAGAAUCAUGCAAAUCAUAAUGAUUCAUAUCGAAAUGAGCCGUCUCGCGCAGCCGCCAAUCGUAGACCAAUGUUAGCUCGACGAACAGUUCGACAAGUCGGCCAACAAGCACAACAACCAAGACCUCAAAUGACACCAGUUUGGCCAAUGGAUACAGAUAUGGAUAUGAAUGAGUUCCUGAGAACCAUGCGGGAUUCUUUAACAGCGGGGGGAACUGGAACCGCGCUCGAAAUGCAACGCCCCGCCUUCAUUCAACAGCACAUUAUGCGCAGUAAUGCGCGGAACAUUGAACAACAAGCUGCUGCUGCCGCGGCAGCCGCAGCGAGUGCCGCCGCAACAAUGCCAACCGGCCCGCCUGUGAUUUCGCAUGGAAAUAUGAUUCGACCGUUGAGAAGUACACCGGUUUAUCAACAAACUUCGGAUUUCGGAGAGGCGGCGCAUUUUUUGGAUGAUUUUACUGAGGAUGAUUUUACGAGUGAUGAUCAGGCGAUUUUGCCAGCGAUUAGACCGGGAGAAUCGGGAAGUCAAGAAGGUGGAGCACAAUUUUCGAUUGGCGAAGAGCAGGGGUAAAUUUUUGGCAUUCAAAGGUCACAAAAGUAGUCAGGAGCUCAAGAAAAUUGAAAAAUAACAGGGGAACUAGAAUUUCAACCUGCAAAACCUAGUCCCUCUGUUUAAAAACCUGAAAAGUGCUCCGGAGCAAAAACCUAGUCCCCCUGUUGUUUGAACCUGAAAAAUGCUUUGUGAGCCAAAAAAUGCACGAGGACUAGAAUUUUAACCUGUAAAACCUAGUCCCUCUGUUGUUUAAACUUGAAAAUUCCUUCGGAGCUAAAAAACUCAAAAAUAACAGGGGGACUAGAAUUCAAACCUGCAAAAUUUAGUCCCUGUGUUGCUCAAUCUUGAAAAAUGCUCGGGAUCCCAAGGAAACGGGGGACUAGAAAUUCAACCUGCAAAACCUAGUCCCUCCGUUCUUUAAACCUGGAAAAUGCUCCGGAGUCAAAGGAAACAGGGGGACUAGGAUUUUAACCUGCAAAACCUAGUCCCUCUUGUAAAAUCCACGUGUUUUUCAGCAAUUCCAACCAAAAAUCCACGUGUCGACAAACCCAUCUCUGUGAUUCAGACAGUGAAUAUGAACUUCAUAUGGCCAGUGAUGGAGAUGUAAGUUAUCCCUAGCUUUCUAGGAAGUUACCCUAACUUAACUUCAGAUUUCAAGCGAAGACGAGAUUUUAGACGAUCGCGGAUUCCGUCAAAAACCAUUCGGAAAUCCCGACAAACAUCCAGAAAGAGACGAAAUUUGGAAGGAAUUACGCGAAAAAUUGACAGCCGACGAGAUCGAAAUUGUGUUGGGCGCUCUGAAAGCCGAACCCGGAUUCGAGUUGGAUGAUCGAGGAGAUAUUGAAGAGACGGAUGUGAAUGGAGGAGUUAUGGGGCCUGUGAUGGGACCGACUGGGCUUAUUGGACCUGGAGGACCUGGAGUGAUUGGACCAGGGGCUGGUGCAACUGCUACACCGUAAGAUUUUUUUUUUUUUGAUCUGGCAAACAUUUUAAAUUUGGAUUAUUCGCGCUAAAGCGUGAACGUAAAUUUUGCCUUGUAAGGUAUACUGUACCUCGAACUGCAAAUAUAUGUAGUUUAGCGAGGGUUUUCCGGGCUGCAAGGAUUACAGUAGCUUCCAGACUAGAAAGAUUAUUGUACUGUAAUUUGAAAAUUUUUGAAUUUGGAUUUUUCGCGCCAAAUUUGCCACGUGGAUUUUUGUGGAGCGAAAUGAGAACAAUUCAAAUGUUUGAUUUUCGGCUCAAAGAAAAAUAAAAUUCAAAUUUGUAUUUUUCGCUCUAAUUUUGCCACGUGGAUUUCCGGGCUACAAGGAUUACUGUAGGUCACAAAGGAAAGAGGUAUACUGUAACGAGAGGGGUACUGUAGCUCCCAGACAAGAAAGAUUCUAUACUGUAUUUUAAACAUUUUUGAAUUUGGAUUUUUCGCGCCGAAUUUGUCACGUGGGAUUUUUUUGCGCGAAAUGAGAAAAUUUCAAAUUUCGAUUUUUCGCGGUAAAUUUUGCCACGUGGAUUUUUAGAGCGAAACGAAAUGAAUUUCAAAAUAGGGUUUUUUAGCGCGAAAAAAAAUUCAGAUUUUUAAGUGUAAACGCGGAGCAUCGUAGUUUUUUAAAUUAAUUAAAUUAUCAAACGAGGCUCCACCUUUACGAGCAUUUUUUUUCUAGAAAACUGAGCAUUGCACGAAUACUUCAAACCAGAAAAUUUUUUGGAUAAAGCCCGUAGAAAAAAACGUUGAAAAAUCGAUUUAUAACAAAAAAUCCGUGUUUCUCGACGUUCUUUUGAAUUUUUCUUAUUGAAAAAUUUUUGUGGCGAGAUAUUUAAUGUUGAAAAUCCUUAAACAUUUAGUUUUUGAAAAAUUCCUGGAUCAAUUUUUUGUUAUAAAUGAUUUUUUCUAUCCCAUAACUCACAAAAAUCGAUAAAUCCUCCUCAAUUUCAAUAUUUCCAGAAUCGAAGCAGGUCCUCGUCUCCUUGCAAAUGGCACCUGGGUCCUUCCACCAUAUCCAGGUGAACCAAAUUGGCUUCCCCUUCGCUUCGAUGGUCCCCCAUUAGCAACUUAUGGUUGUGGCCAAUAUUGGCGAGACAAACGAUUCUUGCGUCAACGAAAAUUCCAUCGUGAUCAAAGUAUGGCUUCGACACAAAAAGAGGAUAUUGAUAAGGCGAAUGUUGCGUUGGCAAUUUGUCGUGCCACGUGUCAUGGAAUAAAUGAGCCGGAAGGAAGAGAGGUUAAAAUUCGAGCAUAUGAUCGACCGGAUCGAGCGAUUCGUCGAGCAAUGAGACAUUUGAAUUUGGGGGCGGCGAGCGAUGAAAAUGGAGAGAAGUUGUUGAAUAUUUCGCAAAUUGUGGAAGUUGAGGAGAAUGUCAGAAAUGAACAAGCCACCAAUGAACCUGUUGUGAGUUUUCGAUUUUUGGAAGAGAUGGCCUAGAAAACCCAUUUGGUUUUCUCGUCCACCCCUCUUAUAUUUUUUUGCUUUUAAUGCUAAAAAUUUGUGCAACUCACGUUUUCUUCUCUAAAAAUGCUGCCUGAUUGGAGAAUUUUUUAAAUUUAAAAUACUCGAAAAAAUUUGAAUUUUAUUUUUUUGCGCUAUUUUUGUGUCACGUGAUGAAAUUGGCGGGAAAGAAUAAAAUUUGAAUUUGAUUUUUUCCUGCCAUUUUUGUCACGUGGAUUUUUUUUUUGGUUUUUUUUUUGAUUUUUAGAGCUUGUGUAUCAAAUUUGAAUUUUUCACAUUUCGCGCCGAAAAAAUCCACGUGGAAAAUGAUUUCAAUUGAAUUCUUGGCCGGAAAAGUGAAAAAUUCAAAUUUUGUUUUUUCGCGCCGAAUUUGCCACGUGGAAUUUCUGCUGCGAAACGAAAAAAGGUCAAUUUUCGAUUUUUGUUGCUAAGUUUUCCAUGUGGAAUUUUUUGGCGCGAAAAUUUCAAUUUCAAAUUUGAUUUUUUCCCUCAAAUUUGCCACGUGGAAUUUUUAGCGCGAAAUGAGGAAAAUUCAAAUUUCGAUUUUCCCCCAAAUUUGCCACGUGGAUUUUUUAGCGCGAUUCAAAAAAUCUUCAAAUUAUUCAAAUUUUCCAGAUUCUUUUCGAUGAAUCCGAUUUUCUGGACAAUAUCACACUAUCCAACGGAAUUCUAGAAGCUCCUUCCUCAACUCUCCAAGAUAUUCCAGAAAAUCCAGAAGAAGCUGAAAAUUUGGAAGAAGAAGAAGCAGAAGAAUCGCAUAAUGAAUCAUCGAUACAGUAAGAUUUUUUGGAAAAUUUCAAACGACACUCCGCUUUUACGAGAAUAGAAAAAAACAGAAAAAUUUGGCUCUAAAACUCAAAAAAUGUCCAAUUUUGCAGAGCUCCAGUUGAAAUAAUAAUCGAACAUUCUUCUUCAGAAUCCGGUGAUGAAACUGAAGUUUAUGAAGAAGAAGUUGAAGAAGCUGUUGAUGAUAUUGAUGAUGAUGAAGAUUUGUUAUCAACGAGUACCUAA